AUGAGUUUAUUACCACUAGUAAUGGAUUUGGAAUAUACGAAGGAGUGAAUGAAUUAUUCCCAUUUUCUCAUGGUCAUUAUGCCUACCGUUACUAUUAUGUUGUUUCUCCAAAACUAGUAUUGGUUCUUUGUACUACUCUUUUACGAAAAGAACUCAGAGAAUGUGGACUUGUUUCGGAUUUUUUUUGUGAUUUUUUUAAAGAUGUUCCUCAUCCAGGAAUACCAAAAUGUGUUAAAAUAAAUGACGAACAAGGCCAUAAUAAUAAUAGAAAUUCCCUUACGUUUAUUGAUUCUUUUCUAAAUUCUCUAGAUUUAAAAAUAGAGAAGAGUGGCAUACUUACUUUUCCCUUUGUCAAAGUUAAUUCGGCCACCGUUCACUUAGUGAAUACUAUUAUACUUAAUGAGACUAAACCGGAUGAA